AUGUGCAUUAAUGGAUUUCUGAUAUCAAGUUUUGGCACAAUAUUUACUGCAGCAACGAGUGUUAGAGGAGAAUGGAUUUUUGGAGAAUCUGUUUGCCAAAUGCAUUCUUUUAUAGUAUUCUUCCUAGGUCUUGCAAUAAUCGCUACUUUGACAAGUAUGGCUAUAGAGAAAUAUAUUGUCAUCAAAAAGGAAUCAAGAAACGUGGUGACAAAAAGAGUUUGCCUUUCUCAUAUACAUUAUGAUCAACAGUGUGCUUUCAGUUUAGCAUGGUCGCCAUAUGCCAUUCAUUGUGUUGUAUCGAUGCUCGGUAUUACAAAAGGAAUGUCUCCUUUUGUAGCAACUAUUCCAGCUUUGAUCGCAAAAUCGUCAGUAAUUUAUCAUCCUUUUAUUUAUGUGUUUAAAAACAGACCACUGAAGACUGUGCUUCUAAAAACACUUCACUGCUCAGCCAAAAACAAAAAACAUGUUCGUGGAGUUCACUGUACCUUGCCAUUACAGGAAUUCAAUGGGUCAAGUUUGAAUCGAAGAGGUCCAACAGUAACAUUUACAAUGGACGAAGAAGCAGACUUUUCGUUAAUAGCACCAAAUAAUAAUGUUGAAAAUAUUGAACGUGUUUAUGAAUUUCCGUCGUAGACUACUUGAGAAUAACUAAGCUCAACUUGUUUAUGCUUCAACAUUCCUUUGAUAUCGUUAAAUUAAUGUUACAACGAACGAAUGCUAUGUAAUAUUCUGUUGCAUUGCUUGUAUUGUUUUCCACAUGAACGUGUUAUGUAUUCGAGAUCUAAAUAAUGAC